AUGGGCCUGGGGGCAGCCAGCAGCGCAGGGAGCUGGGCCCACCAGCGUCCCCCACCCCCGGCCCCCGAGCUGGACCGCACACCUUGGGACACGGUUUUCCACUUCCUCAGGACGAGCCCUAGACUGGAGGACAGGUCCGAGGAGUCCCCCGUCGGGGGUCAGGCGGAAGGGAAAAAGGGAAAGGUGAGCGAAAAGGUGAGCGUUGGACUCUUCGCCAGGACCCCGGCGGCGGGCCACAAGCCGCACGUCAAGCGGCCCAUGAACGCCUUCAUGGUGUGGGCGCAGGCGGCGCGCAGGAAGCUGGCCGACCAGUACCCGCACCUGCACAACGCCGAGCUCAGCAAGACGCUGGGCAAGCUCUGGAGGCUGCUGAACGAGAGCGACAAGCGCCCCUUCAUUGAGGAGGCCGAGCGGCUGCGGAUGCAGCACAAGAAGGACCACCCAGACUACAAGUACCAGCCGCGGAGACGGAAGAAUGGGAAGGCGGCCCAGGGAGAGUCGGAGUGCCCAGGCGGGGAGGCUGAGCAGGGCGGGGCGGCCGCCAUUCAGGCCCACUACAAAAGCGCCCACCUGGACCACCGGCACCCGGGCGAGGGCUCCCCGAUGUCAGACGGAAACCCUGAGCACCCCUCGGGCCAGAGCCAUGGCCCACCCACCCCUCCGACCACCCCAAAGACAGAGCUGCAGUCGGGCAAGGCAGACCCCAAGCGGGAUGGGCGCUCCCUGGGGGAGGGCGGGAAGCCUCACAUCGACUUCGGCAACGUGGACAUCGGUGAGAUCAGCCAUGAGGUAAUGUCCAACAUGGAGACCUUCGACGUGGCCGAGUUGGACCAGUACCUGCCGCCCAACGGGCACCCGGGCCACGUGGGCAGCUACUCGGCAGCUGGCUACGGGCUGGGCAGUGCCCUGGCUGUGGCCAGUGGACACUCUGCCUGGAUCUCCAAGCCUCCAGGCGUGGCUCUGCCCACUGUCUCGCCGCCUGGCGUGGACGCCAAAGCUCAGGUGAAGACGGAGACCGCGGGGCCCCAGGGACCCCCGCACUAUACCGACCAGCCGUCCACCUCGCAGAUCGCCUACACCUCCCUCAGCCUGCCCCACUACGGCUCCGCCUUCCCCUCCAUCUCCCGCCCCCAGUUUGACUACUCUGACCAUCAGCCCUCAGGACCCUAUUACGGCCACUCGGGCCAGACCUCUGGCCUCUACUCGGCCUUCUCCUACAUGGGGCCCUCGCAGCGGCCCCUCUACACGGCCAUCUCUGACCCCAGCCCCUCGGGGCCCCAGUCCCACAGUCCCACACACUGGGAGCAGCCGGUAUAUACGACGCUGUCCCGGCCAUAGAAGGGGGCCCCACACCCCUGUCACCUCCCGUCUCGCCCUGCCCUUUCCCCCAGCCCUCGCGCCCUCUUCCUCGCCCAUCUCAGGCCCGGUGGCGGCAGAGGAGGCUGCAGAGGCUGACAGCUGAGGGGAAGGCCUUCUGUCUGGCUCACUGCCUUUGAUGACCCCACCCCGUCCUACCCAGGCUCCGGCCCAGGCACAGCCCUGGGCUACUCGGCUGGGCAGAGGAGAAGGAGGUAGCUUGUUGCCCCUAAACCGAAAAAUGAGGGGCUGUACCUUCCCCCCCAGGAAUGACCCUCGAUCCCAGGAUCUGAGCAGGCCCCGCCUACCCUCCUCUGGGAGGGUGAAGCACCCAGGGUCGGUCGGAUGGGAAUCAGAGGCCUGACCACCCCUGUCCUGUGUUUCCUCUUCUGCGAGGAAUAGGGGGUCUGACCUAACCCGUGAAGCCAGGCCACGUGUCUGAAGAGCAGGGCCAACCAGAAACCUGCGUCAGGGACUGCGGCGGGCUCCGUCUGCCCCUCGGUGGGCUGAGAACAGCUUUGAAACGCCUCGAAGGAGUGGGGGUGGGAUGGGGUCUCAGAGGGAGGUCUCCUCAACCCUUCAGUGCCCCCCUCCCCUCCUGAACACAGGAAGGAAUUGGCACAGAGGCCCUCAGAUCCAUUUCGGUGCCAGUAACCUCGUUCUUUGUCUGAUGGAGCAAAGGGCCAGGUCCCACUCCAGGACAACCUCCCGACUUUGAGGCACACCCAGGACGUGAGCAGGCCGGGACCCCAGGAAAGGAUUCGGAGACAAUUCACAGAGCCUUCCUCCCGGCUCCCACCAGCCCCCCGCCCCCCAACCUCACCAGGCUCUGUGGUCCUUGAGCUCUCAGCCCCAACUCCUUGGGCUUCCCAGAGAGUUAGAGCUGCUCAGGCCCAAACCCUCGGCUCCAAGGGGAGACCCAGGGCCCAGCACCCUGGUUGCUGGCAGCAGGCUGAAGACACUAAACUCCUGACAUGUACAUGCUGCCCUGGCCUUUUGCCCUUUGCCUCCCAGUGGUAUUCGAAUAAAGUAUGUAGCUCUCUUCUGCCCCCAUUUUCCUAUUCUGCAGCCCUCCACCCCCAAGUCCACAUGUAACUCAUUACUGCCCCCCCCUUAUUUAUCUCAGUAGCUCCCUCUAUCCCCCUCCCCUCUGCUAGGUACUCCAGCCCCUAUUAACUCUGCAUUAAACAUUCCACAUAAUAAAAUUAAAGGUUCCGGUUACCUGCUUGGUGGGCCUGACCUGGUCUCUUAUCCCUG